CAAAUUCUACAAAAGAAAUGAUGUCUUGCCGAUAAAAUCAGCCAGACCACUCAGUGUGCUCUGACCGCUCGAUCCGUUUAGACAACACAGAAAACAGUUCAGCAUCAUGGCCGAUGAGAAGAAGAAGGUUAAGAAGAAGAAGACCAAGGAAGAGGGAGGUACUUCUGAAACCGCUUCUGAAGCCGCAUCAGAGGCAGCAACCCCAGCACCAGCUGCUACUCCGGCUCCAGCCUCAACCACUGGAUCGAAGAGAGCGUCAGGUGGCUCACGUGGCUCAAGGAAAUCAAAGCGCGCUGGUUCCAGUGUGUUCUCUGUUUUCUCACAGAAACAGAUUGCCGAGUUCAAGGAAGCUUUCCAACUAAUGGAUGCCGACAAGGAUGGCAUCAUUGGCAAGAACGAUCUGCGUGCUGCCUUCGACUCCGUUGGUAAAAUCGCUGCCGACAAGGAGUUGGACCAGAUGUUGGGUGAGGCCUCCGGCCCCAUCAACUUCACCCAAUUGCUGACCUUGUUCGCCAACCGUAUGGCCCAAGCUGGUGCCAAUGAUGAAGACGAAGUUGUCAUUGCUGCCUUCAAAACAUUCGAUAUCGAUGGCCUCAUUGAUGGUGACAAAUUCCGCGAAACCCUCAUGAACUUCGGUGACAAAUUCACCGCCAAGGAGUGCGACGAUGCCUGGGAUCAGAUGGUCAUUGACGACAAAAACCAAAUCGAUACCGCCGCCCUUAUUGAAAUGCUCACCGGCAAGGGUGAGGAAGAGGAGGAGGAAGCCGCUGCAUAAACACAAACUGGCUAGACUCUUGCAAAACACCAGCAAAAAAAAAAUAAGUAAACAAAUUAUUUAUAUCAAAAUAACCGUAAUACAAAACAACAAGAUCCUGUUUUGAAAAAAAAAAAAUGUAUAUUUACUUUUUUAAAAAAUAAUUAACAACAUACUUUGUGUGUACUUUUACGCAUUCAUUCUUUUAAAGAAACAACAACAGUUUUUCUUACGAAAAUUAUUUAAAAAAAUGUAGUCCCUAUAUUAGAGAGCUUUGAAAUGGGGUAAAUAAUACCAAAGCCCAAAGUGAAAUUCUUGAAGAUAAAUCAAGAAAGUUCUAGUACGCAAUGUACCAGUUAGCGCGGAUUUUCCAACACCACAGCCGCGACGUCAACCAACAGCUGACAGUUAGUUUUUCUAGUUGAUAAAUUAAAUUUUACAUUUAAAACUUAUAAAAAGAAAAAAAAAACGAGGAAAAAAUCCAACAAUAUUUUAUUUAGAAAACAAAUGAAAGAAAUCAACAAAAAAACUUAAAAAACUGAA